ACAUGUAAUGUGUUUAGGGGAAAAUUAUAAGGUGGUACAUCUGAUGAGUUUUUACUUGCCGUUAAGUAGGUAAUGGUGAUCCGUGGUUCUGAAGACGAGGGUAACAAAUACUAAAUUCGAAUAUAAGUGCAAUUUUUUUCUAUUAUUGGUUGGAAUUUUGCUUCCAUUGUGUUAUGUCAAAAUAUUCGGGGCAUAUUUUAUACACCAGUGUGAUUAUAAUUGAUGGUUUCGUAGAUGCGCUUUUAUAUACGUAGCGAAGAUAAAAUGGAUUAUGACUGCAAAGCUGAAACUGGAGUGCAGUUAUUAGCAAGAUUAAGUUCAAGACCGAACUUGAAUAGUUUAAGUGAAACGCUUUUCCCUGGCGGUAUAAACUUGGGAAAUAUCAUAGAGAUAAGUGGGGACUCUGGAAGUGGUAAAACUACCCUUAUAACCCAGUUUCUGGUAAAGUGUUUAUUACCAAAGACAUGGAAUGAGUUUACAAUUGGUGGCCUUGGUGCAGGAGCAAUCAUAGUAGACACAGAUCAUCAUUUCCAAAUACUAAAGCUAGUUAGUAUAAUGGAAUCUUUGUUAAUGAAGUGCAGAGAAUCCAAUACCAGUGAAGUUCAACUUCCAAAGCACAUUGACUCCAAAAUAAUAGAGAAGAUUAUAAAAGAAUCAUUAGCAAAUUUGAUAGUCUUAAAUUGCUAUGAUAGUGUGCAAUUGUUUGUCACCUUUCACUCCCUUGAAAAUAUCUUGUCUAGUAAUGCAAACACAAGUUUAAUAAUCAUUGACAGCUUAUCUGCCUACUAUUGGCAAGAUGUUGCUGUUCGUGGCAUUCGUAAAAUGGAUUUAUACUUAAGGAAGAUGCUGAAAGCUCUUCAGUCUUGUACUGAAGAGUACAAAGUUAUAGUAAUGUAUACAAAACAGACUCAUUUUCAGUCGAAUGUUAAUUUUGCAGAGGACAGUACAGCCACACCUGGGCCAGGCAAUGUAUCCUACAAGAUACAACUGAACAGAGUAGAAGGCAAAGAAACAGAAGAUUUAUUUCUUGCAGAAGUAAGCACACCAGUCACUAAAUGUGUCCACCAAUAUACAGUUUCAGAUGAUGGUCUUAUGUGGGCCAAUUGAGGCUCAUUUUGGAGCAAGUAUUUCCUUAAUAUGAUCAGCUUUUACUUCAGUAAUAAAGAAUAUGAUUACAAAUUUAAUUUUCAUAUGUUUUCUAUGGAAAUGUAUCUGUAAAAUAUAUAAGAAUGUCUUUACAGGUAGUGUAGAUGCUAGUCAUUAUCUAUAGCAACACUGAACACGGAAAGGGAAAUUUCAGCAUGGCAUGGCAUAUUCUCAAUACUCUCAGCAAUUACAGGCACCAACAUACUUCAUACUAUAAUCAUUGUGUGUUCUCAUCCAUAAUGUAUUCUGUGAUAUGUAUCCUACUUUUGUAUCUGAGAAUCAGUAUAUAUGUCACAAACAUAUUUGUAGUUCUAUUUCUUGAAAACAGCAUUACCUAAAAUAAAAGGUAGUACUUUGUGUUGCUCACACUGCACUCAAGAGAUUAUGGCCAUGUUUAACAAACUCAUUACUGUUAUUUUAGAUCAAGCCUUACAAACAAUUGGGAUGAAAAACUAGUUACUUCACUUUCAUUAGGCUUCUGUUAAUUUACUGGAGAUUUUAAAAUAUCUGGCAAAGAACAUAUGAAGUCUAAUAAAAGUAAUUAACUUAUAUUUAAUUCAGGUCUGCCCUCAGACAACACUGUAUGGCAUUUUUCUGAUGAAACCCCAUGACUUUUCCCCUCCACAUUUUGCUCAUCAUUAUUCUACAGUCAAUUUCUAAUUUACUGUAUGGUUACAGUAUCAUUAUGUUUUGAGAUUAUUUAACUGCUGAUCACAAGUUAGCUACCCUGAAAUAAUGCUGUAUAAAAAAUGGAGGGAAAGUCAGGAAGAAGUUUCACCAAAAAAGUGUAAUGCAGCAUUCUUUGAGGGGAGGUCUCAAUUGUCGAAACAGUCAGGUUACUAAACUUUGGUGGGUUUUUUUUGACUGAAACUAUUCUUAUUACUUAUGUAAAUGUUUAUUAAAUAUAUGAGUGAAUUUAAAAUGUA